AUGCUCUCCCGUGUGGGCAAUGUAGAUGUGCAACGACAUACCCUCUCCACACUAGGCGAGGGAGAGAGAGAGAGUCCUGAAGCCCCCGGUCAGGCUGGUCAAGACGAUGAACGUUGCUCCGCAACCUCGUGUGGCCGGGGAAGCUCGCCCACCGCCUCCGGUCUUAUCUUCAUAUCACCAGAUGCGCCCGCGUUCACGAGAUCUACGUCCAUGGCUGCAAAGAAUGGCCAGGUGCUGCCUCACCUACAAUCUGGCGAGGUGACACUCCUCAAUUAUGCUGCGGAUGACUCUCGCGAUGUCAUGACCUUAUCGGAAAAAGAAGCUUUAGUGCUUCAGCUCUACAAUCAGGUUCAAGAGCAACGGCUGGAAAAGGCAUUUCUCGAACAAGAACUAGAAACACUCUCGGGCGCAGAUGCUGAAGCACAGCUUGCGAUCGCUGAGCGCGAGCUCCUAGACGCGCGUUCUACCUACACGGUCAGGAGGAAAGCCGUUCGCACCAUCCUCAUGACUGAGCCUAUUCUCAAAUCUGUUCAUUUAAAGGCUGCCACGCCUGCUGAGCGAGCACUUCUUUGUCUAGUGAAUCGUCGUGAUGUCCUUGCACUCGCACAUGAAAAUCUUGCUACAGCACAUGACUUGGUGAUGAGACAGCUCUCAGACCUGGAAGUAAAGAAUCUCCAAAUCAAUCGUGAAAACCAGGAACUGGUGCGCCAGCUACUAGAGCUCACAAAAGAAGAUUUAUCAUGGAGAGAGAAGCUGGAGGAUCCUGAACUGUUAGCGCAACUAGAUAGUUUGGAGACCGAUUUAAAGACGCGCAAAGCUCAGUGGGAGACGAUGAAGUCAAUUGCAAGCGCGAUUGUUGUGAGCAGUGGACUAAACUGGGCCGAUGACGAAAUGCUUCGCGCGUUAGUGCUGGAUGAAAGUGACGACUGA